AUGGCCGACGAUUUCCUUCACACUCAAGCCACCGCGUUGAGCCUCCUAUACUCCCAAUAUGAGUGGGAAGGGAUCACCCAUCCCUGGGGUUCUGCUUUUUCGGUCAACCCUGAUUUACCACUACUACGAACGUGGGAUGGGGCUUCUGGUAGCCAGCCCAGCGAAAGCGGCAGAAUGUUAACAAGGCUCCCUCGUGGGCGCCUGGACACCUCAAGAGCUCGAAAGACGAAGAAUAAACGAGGCAAUCAAACAAUCGCGGUGUUGAAUCCAAAUGUACGGAUUGAUAAAGGCCUUCCUGUUCUGAAUAUGGUAGACGAAAUGCGUUAUUAUGGAGUCCCCGACCCCUACGGGAGAGCGAAUAAUUACUACAAGAAUCACUACAUCUGUUUAUGGGAAUUACUCAAAGCCGAUUGUUGGUAUGAGCAAGUUAUCUUGCCCGCUUCCAAGGAGCAUAAUGACCGGUACAAUGCUCAUAACAAGGCAUUCAAAUCUGCAGUGAGACUGAAGAAUAUGGAGCUUGCUUUGGGGACGAAUCUGACUCCUCUGAUGAAGUUGAAGAAAACAACGCAAUGGAUGACGCGCUGA